GCCUCCGCGACCUGCCCGUUGCCGGUACGCCAGCCGUGUCCUGCACGUGUGUCACUCCGUCCCUCACCAUGUACGCCUGUGCAAAGUUCGUCUCCGCUCCUGCGCUAGUGAGGAGGAGCUCGCGAGUGCUGUGCCAGCCCCUCUCUGCCUCUGUGCUGAGCAGUCCCGAGGCCCGGAUGGAGCAGGCGCGACCGGGUGCCCACCGGACCAUCCAGACGAGCGCAGCCCACCGGGACAUCGACACCGCCGCCAAGUUCAUUGGCGCUGGCGCUGCCACCGUGGGGGUGGCUGGCUCUGGCGCUGGCAUCGGCACUGUCUUCGGCAGCCUCAUCAUCGGCUACGCCAGGAACCCCUCGCUUAAACAGCAGCUUUUCUCCUACGCCAUCUUGGGCUUUGCCCUCUCCGAGGCCAUGGGGCUCUUCUGCCUCAUGGUGGCCUUCCUCAUCCUCUUCGCCAUGUGACAGAGCCGGUGACAGUGACAGUGACGGAGCCGGCGCCCCAGUGUGCCUGGUCCCCUGCCCAGCGGUGGAUGCCGGCUGCAGGGCAGGGGAGAGCCCCAACCCCAACCCUGGCCCCGCCAUGGGCGGGAGGGGAAUAAAGACGGUUUGAUAACGGG